AUGACUACGCCAAUGGAGGCAGAAGCCCCAGGGGGAGCAAAGAAGAGAGGCGCGCCGGAAGGGGGAGACGGCCUCAGCCUCGAUGCCAUCAGGGAAGUCAUCAAGGGCGAAUUGUCGCUCAGCAGCACCGCCCUCAAACAGGAGAUCUCGCAGUCGGUCAACAAGCGCAUGGACACGGUUGAGGAGAAAGUGGGGAACCAGUUGGAACGCACCUUGGAGAAACUGGCAGCACUGACGGACAGCCAAGCAGAACAGGGGAGAGCCAUCGCGGCCGUGCAAGCCGACCAGCAAGCCACCGGGGGAAGGCUUACACAACUGGAGCGCAAAGUCCAGCAACUACAACUUCAAGGAGGAAGUUCCACGGCAGAUACCGAAGGGGGAUCCAAGCAACCGGCGCUUAUAUUCGGAGGUUGGGACGAUGACACACCGGCCGCCGAAACCCUACAGAAAGCCAAGGACAUGGUUUCCCAGCUGAGGCUGGACCUGGAUAUGGACAGCGCCUUCUGCCCCGGCGUUCGCCGCGGGUACGUGAUCAUCCCCUACCAAGCACGUCGCAAUGAAGCCGGGGGAGAACUACGAGAACGCCUGCAGCAAGCGCUGCGACGCAUCCGCAACGCAAACGUGGUCAUGGGACGCAAAGAAGACGGGGGGAUGCGCUACUUGUGGCUCCAGAUGAGCCAGUCACCGGAACGCCGCCGUCGAGCACACCUGGCCGGGAAAGUGAAGCGGCUCAUCCUCGCCUCCAACGGGGGGAACACCCAUGGUCUAGAAGUGGAAUGGGCUACUGGUACUGUGUGGUGGCAGGCAGUUCGAGUGUGCUCAGCUACAACGACGCCAGUCGCAGGGGCAGAGACCGCGGGAGCCGGCUGGAUCGACCUCCGAGCCAUUGCACAGGGCCUGGGGCAACCAGUGGCUACAGUGAGUGAGGCGAAGAACCCACAGGAAGCACUGAAGAGAGCGGGGGGGAGGACGAACCGGGUGGACUGUUUUCACCUGGCAACCUGGAACGUGGGCGGCCUGACAGCAAAUGGCACGCUUGACCUGCUGCGCUCGUUCGGGGGAGCCAAACAUCUUUGCAUGCUGCAUGCGAUCAUGCUACAGGAAGUUAUCACCAAACCCGGCAAGUUCUUCCUCGAAGGACAUGGCUGGAAACUGGUCUAUGGCAAGAAAGAGGGAGAGUUCAGAGGAGAGGCGAUCGCGUUCCGCACAGCAGUGGCAACACAUACUCAAACCAACGUCACCAACGGGGGGAUCGGCACCGUCCUGCGCAUGCACACGGGCGACAGAUGGGGGCUACUCAGUGGACACAUCCCGCACCACGCGACCAUACCGGAGACCGAGAUGAUGCUCGCCAAUUGGGGGGAGCAACCGGCGCUCAGGAUUCCCAAGGUUGCCCUAGGAUUAGAUGCCAACGAGCAGAUCACCGAAGCAGCCGGUGACGCUACAUGCGCCCAAGCGCACACAGGACGGGGAGACGCACUCCUGAACUGGGGGACCCACCAUCACCUUCGACUACCACCACAGGCGUUACAUGUGCCCAGCUACUACCCGUACAACCCGCUGCACGAACCCAGCCGCCUGGACUACAUGCUCCUGCGCAAAGGCUACAGCUUACAAGCAAGCCCGAUACCAGCCAGACACAUGGCUAGCUCCGACCACGACCCGGUGCUAGCACAAUUGCGAACUAAGGUGACAAAGCUCGCCAAGCAGGCUCGAGCCGGCGGAGUGGGACACCUCCACCCACCAGCAGGCACCAGUAUACCCGACCACCUGGAACUCACAGCCCAGCAACAGCCCGGCGACAGACACCACCAGAUCUCCCAGCUUUGCCUGCAGAUCACCAAGCCGGGGCGGGGAGAUGCCGCCCCCUUCUGCGAAAGCGCACAUCUCAGACGCCUCCGGCGAGCCGCACACGCCACACCAGCCGGGCCAGCACAACGAACAGCGUGGAAAGAAGUGCAGAAACAGUUGAAGGGGGAGCGCAAACAACACCUACAGCAGCUCGUCACGCUCGCGAGCACCAACAACUGGGCGGCCUUCCGAGAGCACCAAAAGCAGACAAGCACCAGGGGGGACUGGCUAGCCUCGCUAAUGGACGCACACCAGUGGCAAGCUGCGCUUUUGAGCCACUUCUCCAGCAUCUUCCACAAGACAGACGGAACAGCCAAGCACGAAGCCUUCCACCACAUGCACAGCACACUCUGCCACACAUGCAAGCACACACCCUGGCGACCCUUCACCCACGACGAGCUCACACUGGUCAGCAGCAAAUGGGGGAAACAUAAGAGCACAGGUGUCGACGGCAUCGCACACGAAGCCUUGCAGCUCCUGAUCGCACACACCAUAUGGGGACCCAGGGUGCUGGCAAUGCUGAACGAGGCCCUCUACUCGGGGAAGCUGCCUGCCUUGGUCGAGCGCGGCCUGACCGUACUUUUGCCAAAAGGGGGGAGCCCAGAAGGAUGGGGGGAUACCAGGCCAAUUACUUUGAGCAGCGCCGUGCUCAAAACCCUCGCCCAGCUUUUGCUACUGCGGGGAGCACCGUGCCUCCAGCACCUGAACACGUACCAAUGGGCGGCACCAAGGAAACAGGGGGUGGAACUCAUCCUCGUGCUCCGCAAAAUAGCGAGAAUGGGUGCCGAUUGGGGAGGUGACUUCUGGAUUAUUAAACUGGACCUCCAAAAAGCCUUCGACUCUGUUGCACAGGAGAGUUUGGGGGAACUGGUUACACAGCAGGAGGUGGAGGUCCCACAAACCAACGGCGUCCGCCAGGGGUCACCCGACUCACCGGCGCUCUUUUCCGCCCGCGUGGGGGAGAUUGUGGAGCGCACCCUCGACGCCACCAAGACCAUGCCCAGAGGGGGGGACCGCCCCUUUCUCCCCCCCCCCCCACACCAUGGCGGCUCCUUUAUGGAUGACACCUACAUCUGGGGGGAGAACCCCGCCCACAUACAGAAGACACUCGAGAUACUGGAGCGACUGCUGCUCCAACACGGCCUCAAGAUCAACCCGAAAAAGACACACAUCAUCAGCAACAACCCGAAGAGCAAGGUGACCUUCAAGGUAGGUGGACAGGAGGUUGCGCCGGACCCAGGGGACACGCCGCUCCGAGUCCUUGGCUCACCCGUCAGCUUCCGAGGGAACACGCCACAACUUGCAGCAGAAAUGGGGAGCAGAGCCAGAGCCGCCUUUGCACAGAACAAGAAAGUGCUGCAGGCGCCGACACCCCUCAAGCCCCGGGCUGACCUCCACGACACCCUGGUGCGUCAGACGGCCCUAUACGGUUGCGAAACCUGGACGCCGCACGACACCCUGCUACGAGCAGCCAACACGCAACAGCUGAGCCAGCUCCGCAGCAUGACCACAGGGGGGAGACGGCCGAGCGAGACCUGGGCAGACUGGAAUACUCGCACGGGAGAGCUGAAGCUGAGUGAGGGAACAGAGGAGAGUCCGCAGUUGCACCUGCAGUACAUGUCCAAUGUGAUGUUCUGCAAGUUCGUACCAGCAUGA